AUGGGCAGCGCCCUGUGCCGCCCGCUGAUCAACGGCUCCCGCGUGCCAGUGUGCAGCCUGUGCGAGAAGGUGGGCACAGGGCCCUGGCGGUCGCUGUCCCCCAAGGACCGCCGCCUGUGGCUGGUCCAGGACGGGCAGUUCUUCUGUGCCAAGUGCCUCAUCUCCCACCGGAUUGACCGCCUGCAGCGCGACAAGGCCGAGGAGUACAGCCGGUCGCUGACGGCGGCGGUGGCCGCGCGCCACGCACGCGGCCCGCGCUCUUGGACCCCCCUGAAGAAGGUGCUCUCCGGCAAGGCCUGGCACAAGACACCGUCGUUCAAGGCGGCCUACGUGCCCAGCGCCAGGGUCGAUGAGCUCAUCAGCCGCGUGGAGCGGCGCGGCGCGCGGAGGAGCCUGGACGCCAAGAUGCCACCAUCGAUCGACGAGCCUAUGAAGGAGGGGCUGGACGAUGCUGCCCGGGCUCUGAAACGAUGCGUCCGAGGGGCGCUGGAGGGGGAGGGGGAUGCCGAGAUGGAUGCAAAGGGGGAAGAUUUGGCGGCCUUUGGAUCCGGUAGAGGCGCCCGGGGGGGGGAGGGAGAGCCGGGGCCGUGCAGGGAGUCUGAGGGGAGCCCGGGCCAGGCGUCGCUGGAGGAUUUGGACGCCGUGGAGGUGGAGUCCGUGGAGCUGUCUGCCGGAUCUUGGUCGUCCUGCGCCAGCCCGCGCGGGCAGGCGGCGGAGCAGCGGGUGGCGACCGGGCUGGCGAUGGCGAUCGAGGAUGGGCGGAUUUGA